CCUGGGGCCGAGAGCGGUUCGCGCGCUUCGGGCCUAGUCUGGACUCGCCGCCGCCGCCGCCAUAUUCCCGUGGCAUCUUUCUUACUUUGUCCCUUCUCCGGCCUCGCGAUCUUCCUUCCGGAGCCAUGUCAGAAGGAGUGGACUUGAUUGAUAUAUACGCCGACGAGGAGUUCAAUCAGGAUCCAGAGUUCAACAGUACAGAUCAGAUUGACCUGUAUGAUGACGUGUUGACAGCCACCUCACAGCCCUCAGAUGACAGAAGCAGCAGCACUGAGCCACCUCCUCCUGUUCGCCAGGAGCCAUCUCCCAAGCCCAAUAACAAGACCCCUGCAAUUCUGUACACCUACAGCGGCCUACGUAAUAGGCGAGCUGCUGUCUAUGUGGGCAGCUUCUCCUGGUGGACCACAGACCAGCAGCUGAUCCAGGUUAUUCGCUCUAUAGGAGUCUAUGAUGUGGUGGAAUUGAAAUUUGCAGAGAAUCGAGCAAAUGGCCAGUCCAAAGGGUAUGCUGAGGUGGUGGUAGCCUCUGAAAACUCUGUCCACAAAUUGUUGGAACUCCUGCCAGGAAAAGUUCUUAAUGGAGAAAAAGUGGACGUGAGGCCGGCCACCCGGCAGAACCUGUCACAGUUUGAGGCACAGGCUCGGAAACGUGAGUGCGUCCGAGUCCCAAGAGGGGGAAUACCUCCACGGGCCCACUCCCGAGAUUCUAGUGACUCUGCUGAUGGACGGGCCACACCCUCUGAAAACCUUGUACCCUCAUCUGCCCGUGUGGAUAAGCCCCCCAGUGUGCUGCCCUACUUCAAUCGCCCUCCUUCAGCCCUUCCCCUGAUGGGUCUGCCCCCACCCCCAAUUCCACCCCCACCACCUCUCUCCUCAAGCUUUGGGGUCCCUCCUCCUCCUCCUGGCAUCCACUACCAGCAUCUCAUGCCCCCUCCUCCUCGAUUACCUCCUCAUCUGGCUGUACCUCCCCCUGGGGCCAUCCCACCUGCCCUUCACCUCAAUCCAGCCUUCUUCCCCCCACCAAAUGCUACAGUGGGGCCUCCACCAGAUACUUACAUGAAGGCCUCUGCACCCUAUAACCACCAUGGCAGCCGAGAUUCGGGCCCUCCGCCCUCUACGGUGAGUGAAGCAGAAUUUGAAGAGAUCAUGAAGCGAAACAGAGCAAUUUCCAGCAGUGCCAUUUCCAAAGCGGUAUCUGGAGCCAGUGCAGGGGAUUACAGUGACGCGAUUGAGACGCUGCUCACAGCCAUUGCUGUUAUCAAACAGUCCCGGGUCGCCAAUGAUGAGCGUUGCCGUGUCCUCAUCUCCUCUCUUAAGGACUGUCUUCAUGGCAUUGAAGCCAAGUCCUACAGUGUGGGUGCCAGUGGGAGCUCGUCCAGGAAAAGACAUCGGUCCCGAGAGAGGUCACCUAGCCGGUCCCGGGAGAGCAGCAGGAGGCACCGGGACCUGCUUCAUAACGAAGAUCGGCAUGAUGAUUAUUUCCAAGAACGGAACCGAGAGCACGAGAGACACCGGGAUAGAGAACGGGACCGGCACCACUGAGCAAGAUUUUUUCCCCUUCCCUUAAGGAGUCUGGUUGGAAGCAAAUGUUUUUUUAAUGGACUUGCAUCUCCUCACCUUGAUCAGGACUAAAGGACGGAGGCCGCUCCACCCCUUCCCCUUCCUCCAAACCCCUAAUCCCCUCCAGACACCCAGGGAAUACCCUCUGCCCUACAGGAUUGAAUAUUGCCUGGCAGCCCUCCCAAUCCCACACCUGUUUGCCAGGGGAAAGAACCUAAAGACUUCGUGUGGUUGGGAGGGGUGGCAGACAGGGAGAAAACAUGUCCAGGCCCCUGGUCUCCAUAGAGAAUGGUGCUUUGUCCGAGGAAACGAAUGUUUCUGAUUCUCCAGGAGCAGUUCAGUGGUGAGGUUGAUGGGAAGACUUCCUUCCCAAAGAAAGUGGAUCCUCCAUGCAGGAUCUAGGAGAGUGACUGGGUGUGCCAAAAUAUGCCCAGGGUCCUGCCCUCAGCACUAGGUUUGAUGGGGCCAAGAGGGUCCAAACCCCUUGCUAACAUACCACUUCUUUGUUUAACUCCUUUACCUUCCCAGCCCUUGGAGGAGGGACCAUGAGAACAGAAAUUACCUUAUGAAAAGCUUCUCCUGUUCUUGCUUUUCCCUCUACACACUGACGGUUUGUUUCCCUGACCUCCCAGAGGGCUGAACCCUUCCCACUCCCUGCUGCCCAGCCUCCUUAGUGGACUUGCCCCUCCUAAGCAGGGAAGGCCCAUGAGGUUGCUUUCUGCUGUGGAGCCUGGCAGAGCCAAUUACCACCCUCUGCUGCUUCGUGCUUGGUUGCCCCCUGCAAUAACCAGCGCUACUAGGUGUUCCCUUUCCCUGGGGCUUUUCCAUUUCACAUGUGGAGCCCUUCCCCCAAGAAGGCUGCUUCCUUGUUUUAGAGGAAGGUACUGCCAUUGGGAGAUGGGGACAUCGGACCUCAGCAGUGAAGAACCCUCGUGAAGUACCAGGAGGAGUGGGGAAGGAGGCAAGUUGGGCAGGAUAUGGCCUACUUCCAUAGGCUUUUCUUUUUUCAGGUUUGAUGUGAGCAUGGGCUUGCAUCCCCCAGGUACAUACUUUUACUUAUUGUGGGAUAACCUGGCACUAGUAGGCAGGUAAAGUCACAAAUUUGGUGUCUUUCCACCUUUUGACAGUUGACUUAAUAGCUCCCCUCGCUCUGCCUGGAGGUACUCCCUGCCUCUGAUAAGGAGCAAGGAAGAAGUGGAGCCUGACUUGAAUGAGCUCAGCUCAGAGUUCUAAAGACGACCACUCUGGGGGCCAUUUUCUACACAGGCAAAUGGAAUUGCUUUUCCCAUAAUAUGGAAAUUGUGAUGUGGUUGUUGCUGAAGGACGAAGCAGCAACAGGGUCCUGCAGUACCCACGGGGCGAUGGAUGCUACUUCUGCAUGCAUCUACAGGGCACGUGACAUCUAACAUGAGAAGAGACGUGGCAUGUGAGAUGAGACUUGGCCUGAGAUGUAGGGUCACUGGAGACCCUUUUGGCUCAGAGGGGAGAGACUGAGUUGGACUGAACCCUUCCUCUGUUCCCUGCACGUUUCUGACAUAACUCUCAAAUCAGUCACUGAGGGAGUCCCACAGGGUUGGAGAGGCACAUUCCCUUGGGACAGAGGCUACAGGUUUGUGGCUUUUUUCCCCUGUCUCCCAACCCCAUCCCCACCUCCACUUCAGAACAUGGCACCGCACCCAACUGGCCAAGUGUUAAGUGAUGUGCUUAUCCUCGAGAGCAGCUCCGGGUGUCUUUUUAAAACGUAGAGAAAACCAAGUAAGGUGACAGUUUAAGGAAAAAAAAUAUAUAGAAUACCAGAAAAGCUGUUUACCCGGAGAAUUUUUUUUCUCCCCAUUUUUGUUUUGUUUCUACUCAAUGACACAAUUUUUAGUUUUAUUUCCUGAUAGCAAAAGGAAAAAAAAAAAAAACCCAGCCCUCAAAAAGGCCAAGGCCCCGUCCCCCUGUUGUCGGUGAUUUGUUUGUCUUUCUGAUAGGUUGAAAAUUGUGUAAUAAACUUGAUGACGCUGUCAAUCUUUUAUACUGCAUUGUAUUUUUUUCCUUUUGUAACAAAAUAUUUUUAAAUAAUAAAUGGGGUGUGAGCUGUUUUAUGGAUUCUGCAUUGCAUAGAUUUGUGGAGGUGUCUGGGGCCUGGGCCGAUGUAGAGGCUGUGGGGUGGCAGUGAAACCUGCGUUCUUAGCUGGAACUGCAUGUUGGGCACGUAGUUGCCUAUAGUACACCUAGGAGACUUCUAGUGCACACCUUUGGAGGUGCCCCUUGAGGUUUAGCUUUUUUCGUUAGCCAUCUAAAUAGCCCAGUUAAAAAUUCCAAGUCGUCCUUUACCCUUCAAGAUACCUAAGAUUUAUUCUCAGAAUAAAUGUCCUACCUUGUACAGUUCAGUUCUGAUGUCAUUAAGUUCACGAAGGGAAGAAUCCUCUGCUAGGAGUUAGAAGAUAUGCUUUCUUAUGCCUACUUCCACCAUCGAUCUAUCUAACCAUGGACAAGCAACAUAACCUCAGUAUCUUUCAUCUGUGAGAUGAAAAUGAUAGCUGUUUUGCCCUCCACACAGGGAUGUUUUAAGAUACUAAUGUUAACAUGUUUUGUAAACUGAAUUGCUAUCUAAAUAUGAGGAAGUACAGAUUAGAAAGCUUAGCAGAGUGUUGUGGGGUGAUGUUGGGAUUCCAGAAAGCUGCUGGCUUUUUCCAAAGCCAGGUGAACAAGAGGAGAGUGACAUGAUAAAAUGAUGGACCAGAGACCAGAUGAUGUAUAAUGUGUAUUGGAACCAGUAAAGGCAAGAUCAGUGUAAAAACCUUUAGUAGAAGAGAAGACCUUCCCAGAGGGUCUAUGAUGAUGUGAAACUUGAAGGAAAAAAACAGGUGGCAUGCCUCUCAGAAUUUAAACAUUAUUCUCAAGUUGAGUUCCGUAGUCACCUGCAUCUCAGGUAUGUGCCCUCCGCUGAAAUGCCUGUUUCUGUGUUGCAUCCAUCUCUAUGUAAAGUCUAGAAAUCGAUUUUGUAUGCCCCAGAUGACUUUUAUGUCAACUAAAGUGUGAGCACUGCUACUUUCAAGAAGUAAAUACAUUCUUCAGUUUCAUCUAGGAGCUACCAUGGUGGUACAGAAAGGGAAUGACCUUUGAGUCACCUCUAGGUUCAAAUCCCAACUCUUACUGUUUAAGCUGAAUGCCCUUGGACACAUGAGUCGAUUAACAUCGAGCUGAUUUCCUUCUGCCUCAGGAUCAUUGUAUGUAUGGAUUAAAUAUACCGUGCCAGGCACUAGGUGAGUAUUAGUCCCCUACGAGUUGCUGCCAUGGUAUAAAGCCAGAAACCUGAAUCUGUGUCCUAAGUGCUUCCUGAAUUGGGCCAGACCUCGGCCCCUGGAGAUGCGCCCUGCAGUCACUUGACAGUUAUAGUCAGGAGUGUGAACACUCGAGCAGGCCUCUGCCAGCUCAUGUGGCUAUGGCCUGCUCCUUUGCUGAGUCCUCUCCACUGUCCCAGAAUGUUGGUCUUUCAGGUCUGCAUGGGCUGUAAAGUGGCUUCCCUUGGCACUGCAGUGAGUAGAGCCUCUGACCACGUCAACCCUGAAAGACUAGCUGUGCUGACCCCUGUCCUUUGCUCUCAGUUCUGUUGGAUGAUGUUCUAUGCUGGUGACACUAACUGCAUCCACACAGGUGGCUCCAACAAGCUUCAGGAAGAAUGACCAUUUAUGGAGCCGUCCACAGGAGACAAUGCACUAAGCUUCCAGAUAACCAUGAAGUAAAUGAGAGGACUUCCUGUUCUAAUCCUAUCCACCUUUUCAACUGUUCAUUCUCAUCCACAAGUGUUACCUGUUGAGGAAUGGAAUUUCCUUGAUCUGGACUGAGACUCUUAAGACAAGGUUUCCAGUUCCAACUGUUAGUAACCAGUCGUGUGAUGCUUGGCUGUUCCUUCCUCAUCUCUAAGCCUGCAAAGUGGAGGGCUAGACUAAGUUGAUCUCUAAGGUCCCUUUGAAUUAUAAGCUACCUCUAAACUUCCAACUGGGCCUUUCAUUCAUUUUAUCUGUGUUGCUGGGAGGGUGACCUUAACCACUGAACCUCUAAAUGAAAUAGGGAGAAGUUCCUCUCCGGUUCAAUGCCAGCAACUUCUUCAAAGCAGGGCUAAAGAAAGUGGCAGUGUGAGAAGCAGCAGAAAAUCAGGGUAUUAGUAGGGUUUGUGAUAUUUGGAAAUAUCUGGGAAGUUUCUAUUGGAUUUUUUGUUACUGAUUCAUGGUUGAUUAGACUUGUCUACUCUAGUUUUUGGAUAGACCCCAAAGGCAGCUAGGAGGUGAGGACACAGAAGGGGUAGGAAACAAGAUAAAGCAUCAGUGCUUCGGACAGUGGAGACCUUCACAGGAUGAGAAUGAACCUGAUCACAGGAAACAAGCAGAGUUAAAAACCAGCACAGGGGCUGUCCCGGUGGCAUAGUGGUUAAGUUCGCGCACUCUGCUUUGAUGGCCUGGGGUUUGCAGAUUCAGAUCCCAGACGCAGACCCACGCACCACUUAUCAAGCCAUGCUGUGGCAGGCAUCCCACAUAUAAACUAGAGAAAGAUGGGCACGGAUGUUAGCCCAGGGCCAAUCUUCCUCAGCAAAAAGAGGAGGACUGUCAACAGAUGUUAGCCAGGGCUAAUCUUCCUCACCAAAAAAAUAAAUAAAUAACCCAGCAUGGAAUGAUUAAAAGGCCAAUUACUUUUUACUUUGAGUAAGAGCAGAUAUUCUAGGAUUCAUCUGACAGCAGAGGAACCAUAUAGCUCAAGGUUUCCUAAGGUGGAUUUUGUCAUGGCUCCUGGUGGCUUCUUGGGGCUAAAAAAAAAAUGGCCACUACUGAGCAAGUUGAGAAACAGUUUUAAAGAUGGUUACUUGGAGAAGGGAAUGAUACAUUCAUCUACGGCAACAAUUCUCCAGCUUAAAAAAAAUAAAAGUAUGUGUUCCUUUUAUGUUAACUUGAAAUUUUUAAAUAAAUGACCAAAAAAUAUUGGUAAGUUUAGAAUAUGCUUCUUCCCAUUACUCACACCUCACCCUGAAAAGGAACUGACAUUUAUCUAUAAGAGGAAUGAGAGACAAGAUGUGGUUCUGGGGCAGAGGAGAAGAAUACAAGCAGUCUUGUGCAGGAUGACAGACCUGGAGAAGGGACAGAAGUUGGCAGUGCCUUUAGGGAUUAAUUCAGGCUGGAGCUGGGGGAAGAAAAUCAGUGGGACACCUUCAUUGCUGCCUGUGUCCACACUGGGUCACUAAGCACAGCCUGGGAACAAACCGCUGGGAUAGUCUCCACCUUCUCUUGGAGUGGAUGAAAGUCUAGGGACGGGCCAUAAGGAAAAGGCUGCAAUCCUCACAACAGAAAAUACGUAUUUAUUAUAAAAUAAUGUUUGUUUCAUGAUGAGAAUAGAAAAAUAACAAUAUGAGCUACUAGAAAAGUUCUGGAGCUCAGUCUCUGAGGAGUGGAACGAGAGGCGUUUGCGUGACUCUGGGAGCUCACCAUCCUGAGGCUCUCCGUGCUCGUGCGUGACAGGCGUGGCACAGCACGUACAGGGACAUGUGGCUCAGGUCCCGCGGGAAGCCCAAGGAGCCCACAUGGUCCACACAAGAUGCUCUGGCCACGAUGAUCAAAGAGGAGAACUUGAGGUCAGCAGGAAAUUGGUUCUGAGAAGGGCCAGGAUGGGGACAACCUUGCCCCUCCCUAUACUGAAGUGUAGAAGAGUCUUAGGCUGAUGCUCCUGGUUUAGAAGAUGGUGCCCAGUGCCCUUAUGCUCUGUUUGUUGCCCAAACGUCUGUGCUGAGGAAAAGCUGCAACCUUUCCCAGGACAGUGUGACCCACCAUUUCUCACUGGUGUGGCUAAAGUGCCAGAAGGAUGUGUGGUCUCAGCCCAUGAGGGCUGCUGGCUGCAAUUUUUGUACUUCAAAUCCUGUCCAUACUGAUGGCAGAAAGAAAGAAACAAAAUGUUAAAAGACCAAUGAACAAGAGCAGCUGGCCUGAUCUGUUCUAUCUUCCAAGCCUCUUGACCCCAAAGAACAAGGAGAAUGUCUUCUCUAAGUGGGUAACUGUCUACCCUAAAUGGGAAAGGAGGUCCCACAGACAUCGCUUUCCCCCUUAAAAGUCCUCUAAAUGCCUCAGGCUUCAGAAGAACAAUGAAUCCCUCCCUGGGAUGGGAUGGGAACCCAACCCUCAAGUGACGGGAAAUGGUCCCUCAGCAGUGGUACCUGGAGAAGGCGGCCAGGGUAAGCACCUCAAGCAGCAGCUCUGAGCCACAGAAGAAGAGCAAGAUGCCGUUCAUGAUGGCUUCCAGGCGGAGCACGUAGGUCUGCAGCAGCAGGUAAUAGGAGGCCAUCAUGGCAGAUGGGAAGGUCAAGGCCACACUAAUAACAAGUGGCAUCUUUCGCUGGCAGAGGUUUCCCUUCGUACC